UUCCCGCCCUCCGGCCGCCCUCAGCGGCUGCGCGUGACGGAGCUGUCGGCGGCCGCGGGCAGCAUGGCGGGGGAGGCGCCGGGGCCGCCGGUGAAGGUGCUGGCCGCCCAGCUGCGGGGCGCCGAGCGGGGCGCCGGCGGGACGUGGCAGCUGGGCCGGGCGGAGGCGGGCCGGGCGCCGCUGCGCCUGCGGGCCGUAUGGAUGCAGGGCACCGUGCUGGAGGUGGAGCGCGGCGGCGCCCGCGGCGGCUCGGCCCGGCUGCAGGACGCCAGCGGCGCUUUCACGGUGCUGGGGGUGGAGGAGGUGCCCAAGGGGCGGCCGUGCCUCAGCGCAGGGAAGUAUGUAAUGGUGAUGGGUCUGGUGCGGUCCUGCAGUCCUGAGCCUCUUCUUCGAGCAAUAAAGAUGACGGAUCUUUCUGAAAAUCCAGUGCAUAAGAAUAUGUGGUGCCUUGAAGUGGAGGAUUUGCACAGAAUCAUGCCCUAGAAGCUUUUUCUUCUGCCUAGAAGAAUUGGAAAAGGUCACUCUGACGUCAGCUGGCUGCCCGCCAUUCCACAUGAGCUGCACCUAAAACCAGAAGAGAUGUAUUUCUCCAGUGAAACAGGCCUAGAAAUAGCAGAAGAGCCUGCAGAAUGCACUAGCAGAAUGAACUUUAUACAGUGGGGAAAAAAAGAAAUAGUUAGAAGUGCUCCAGAGAAGUGUUAAUGCUUCAUUAAACUCUGUAUGGCCUGCAAGCUCAACCACCUGACACAAAUCCACAUAGAAACUGCACUUCUAGAACUCGGGAAGCAGCAGUCUUUCCAUUACCUUCUCUGGAAGGUGCACUGGGUCUACAGUCCACAGCAAUUAAUGACACCAGUUGAUUAGUGUUACAGUUACUGACAGAACAGGAGAAUUUACCUCUCUGAAUAUGACGCAGGAGGCAUAUUUGCUUUUCAGUGAAAACGAUCGGAGAACACUGUGAGGCACCACUAUGAGUACCAAAGAGAGACUACAGACAAGCAAACACAACACUGCAUAAUUUGUGCAGCUUAUUAUUGGGCAGAAAGUCUUCAGCCUCAGUUGAUUAACAUAUAAUUAAUAAAACAUGGAUUAACAUGCAAGUACCUUGUCCCAGCAAUGCAAAUGCUGCAUUACAUAUACAAUUUUCAGACAGAAAAUACUCUAUAUUCUUUGAUUUUGAAGGCUAAUUUAUGUAGUUCUUUUUCCUUUUUUCCCAUACAUGCUUUGCAAGCACACCUGACAAUUGUAUUUUAAAGCCUUCCUGGUUUCACACAAUAUUUUCCCAUUUGUGUUGCAAAUUUCAAUGAAGUCCUAAAAUUUAGUUUUGCUUUAUAUGAGUAUCAAAGAAUUUCUGGCACUUUUUGUAGAAGAGGAGUUUGUUCAUCACUUUGUGGACAGUACUGUCCUCAUUUUAAUUGCUGGGUAGAUACCUGUGCACUUCUGGCUUCUUACCAUCCAAAGUGGGUCAGUGCUAAAAGUACAAAACUGAUGUCAUCAGCUAACAACAGUUAUGUAGAGUUAUGCUUGAGAAAAGCAUGUGCGUAUGCUUGGAAAAGGAAAGAAUGCUGGUGCUUUGGACACCAGGAAAUAGCAGCACUUGGUGUUCUUUAGAUUUUUCAGAUGAUGCCCGGUUCUGUAGUUCUUUGGGAUGAAAGGUAUACUAGCAGUAAAUAUAGUAUCACAGGUUUGUAUUUUGCGCCCUUUCUUAUCUCACCUGCUGGUUGUACUUUCUGCCUCUUCUCUCUGACAGGGAAUUGACCUCUAGUUGUCUCAGAGUGAAAUUAAAUGGGUGGGCAAGAGCAGCUCUGCAGCUCGUAUGCGCGCUUCCAAACUUCAGCGAUGAUGAUGCUGAUACCUGAUCAGUAUCAAUGGAUGCAAGAGUAACAUGAGAAACCCCUCACAUACUGACAUUGACACGCAGCAAGAUUUUUCUGUAUCUUUUCCUCAAAUGAAAAAUGUGCUUAAUGAAGUAAUUUCUUAAAGAGGCUAGACAAAUUAAUGUUCAACUAAGGACAUUCUUGCUACCUGAAUUUCCUACAUGGCUACAGCUUGAAGCAAAACUAUCAUCUAUCUUUUACUAGGAUUAUGAGCCAUGAUUCAGUUUCAUGAGGCUUAACUUUGCUCCCAUCUUUAGGCACUUUCAGGAGCUCUACAGCUGUGAAGUGCUUCGUCAAAGCAUGUAAAGUUUAAGUACAAGAAUAAACAUUUGCAGAAUCAGGAACUAAAUUCUGUAAUGUUGCUGGGAGGUAUCAUAUGCCACUUGAAAAUGACUGCAUUUUAAUGUAAAUAGUUAUGUUUACUACUUCUAAAGUCAAAUUUGGAAUUUUGGCACUUUGUAAACAGUGUUUAAGGAAUUUGGAUUCCUUUUGCAGAUCAAUUUAUGCUUCUCUAUGAUAAUACACUUUACGGAUUACCUUUCCUUUUAUUCAGAAAAUGUAAUUUCACCAGGGUGCUGUUUAGAGCCUUCGUACUCCUGUAUUUCAGACAUAUAUUUAAAGUAGGCACCAUUUGUUGUAAGUCAGUGAGCUCCCCAGUUUGACCACAUUUGUAAAUCAUUUAAAUCAAAGUUUUCCUAAGUCUAGCUGCAUUUUUAUUUAUAUUUUAAAAUAAUAAUGCUUGCUUACUUCUAAAAAAAGAAAAAAAGUUUCUGUUACAUCAGUUUUGUGCAAAGGUGUCAUUCUCACUGAUAAAGAAGGAAAAAAUGAAAGACGAAAGAACUUUGAUUAAAUCAGUAGUGCAACAAUGUUGAAAAUGCCAAGCAUGUGUAUGUGUCACUCUUGCAUGUUGGUGCACACAGCAUGUAUCCAUGCAAGAGGUAAGUUCUUCAUCCUUGGCAGCUGCACAGUAGUGUCAGUGCAUGUAAUUCAAAAUCCUGCUAUGAAUUCCUUAGAACUUCCUCCUUUGUCUUAGAUUUUAUUUCUUUUUCCCAGUCUGUUUUAAACAUGACUUUAUGCUGUUCUUUCCAUCUACUCUCAAAUGCUGUUCUAGAGCCUUUCACAGGGUUGGGAAUGUCCGUAAUUCAGUGCUUUGAACCAUAUGUAUUUAAUUGCCUUUGGUUAUGCAGCAGCAUGUGGGGUUACUGUAUGCAAAAUAGUAUGGCAUUAAUAAUACUUCCAACAAGGAUAUGUGCUGGUUAUCUUUCAUAGUCAUCAUAUCCUAUACAUCCGAGAUACAGGACAGUUUGUGUCCUACUUCAAUUCCUUGACUUGCUUAAUGCCUUUAUAAAAAAAGAAAAAAAACAAUCAACUACUUGGCAGUUCCCAUAAUUCUCCUGACAUAUAUUUCCUCUGAGCUGCCAUACCUACCUGGUCCUUGUCAUUCCAAACAAGAGUUAGAUCAUCCUGGUGACUCUGUGCCGAAUGCUCCACAUACAGGUCAAGCCUGGCAUGCCAAGGGAAAGGGAUGGAGAGAGGAUGGAAAAGCUCCACUAGAAGGAAAAAAAGAAUGUAAGUGUGACUGUGACUCAUUUUCUGAUAAAGAAAAAGGCACAGGACCUGCUCUCUCACCAGGAGCAGGGCAACAGUCAGUUCCCAGAGAGCGAGAACAUCUGUCUUGGCUUUCACACACAUGCACAACCACACCAACACACAUAGUGACUUUAGUGUGCUGAUUUCUGAUGAAGAAAUACAGGGGGAAAAAAAGAGUUCUCUAUUUACCAGUAAGUCACUAUUUACAUGCAAUAAUCAAAAGAUCGAUGUCUACAUCUAAAGAAACCCGCGGCAAGAAUAGCCAGGAGAGUCCUCUUUAUGACGCUUAGAUGACCUUACACUGGAAGAGGAAUAGUUUACAACUCUCAAAAAGUAAGUGCACUUAUUUUCUUUAUUUUCAGAUAACAGUCUCAGCAUAAGGGUUUAGAACCUCAGGGCAGCAGCAAGCAUCGCCAGUGCUCCUAGGGUAACAGAAUUUAUUACAGUUUCUGAAAAAAGCCUCAAGCAGCUGACACAGCAAAACAACAAAAAUUAAAAUUAAAUUCAGGAGAAAAAAGGAAAACAGGAAAAGAAACAAAAAUGAAAUACUUUGACUAUCCAAAUUCGAAAGGGCAAUAUUCAGAAAAAAUGGCAUUAUGGGUGGAAUGUGCUUCUUUAUACCUCCAGUGCAGUGAUUAAAGCAUGAACCUGAGAUGUAGGUCACCUAGCUUGAAACUCUUUCCUUCUCUCAGCUGGGGGAGAGAUUUUCAUUUAGGUAUCCGCUUCACAGCGGACUACCCUAACCACUGGAUUAUUGGGUAUUUGAGGCUGAAUAUUCCUCAAACUACACGUACACUUGUGGACCUGGGAGCAUUUCCAGUUAGUAAACCACCGUGCAUACCUCACCCUCACAGUGUGGGGAGACUACAGAGCCUGUAAAGCUCCUCCUCAGUUCCUUGGUUUCUCCUGGAAGGAAGCAAAGAUGCACGGGUGCUUGCCAGCUGGACCCUUAAAUUGUAAAAUUGCAGAACCAAGGCCCUGAUCUGCACUGCAAAGCUGUACCGCUCAUACUAUGAGUCUUCCAUCUCUCCCACCACGGUUUAUGCUUGUGAAAAUAACUAGACAUUCACUGGCACAGAACUAUGGAACUAUUUUAUUCAAAAUGGGACUGGCAGGACAGAACACAGAGAGCGAGACUUGCUCAUAACUUUGGGAUGUCUAGUUUAAAUCACUGCUCUGAUUAAUGUAGAUGUGAACCCAAGUCAGUGAUCUCCCAGCUAAGUAUCCUCGUUCCUAGGCUAGAAAAAGUAGCUGCAAUACUUCAAUUCUCUUCUGUAUUUACAAAUGGUAUUUAUGUAUUCAGAAAAAGUUCCUAAGUUUCCUUUACUCUUUAUUAAAAAGUUAAAAUAUUCAAAAGCACAUAUAAAAUCAAAUGUUUCAUUUAACACCGAGCACAUAUACAACUUAGUGAAAAAUGGGAAUAGACAUUUUUAUUUGUUGAUGACUUUUCAAUCUGGCCAAACUUUUUCCUGACAUUAUUAAAGCUUAUUUAAGCUUUACGUUCCAUAUCCACAAAGCAGAAAUAGCACUUCUAACAGCCAAAGUUCACACUGAAUUUGAAGCAAAUAAGAUCUUAUAAGGACUGGACUGAAACCAUUUGAAUAUGCAUUUUAAAAUCAGAUUUAUGUGAUUUCAUUUAUUUUACAGUCUGCUAUCAACAUUUGCAAGAGAGUUUAGAAACCUACCAUUAACUUUAUGACCUCCAGGCAACUUUGGGAAGAAUCCAGUGUAAGUGCCUGUUACUUUUACCUCUUUGCCAUCCCAGAGAGCAGUGUGCCUCAGCAUACGUGUUCCAUGACUUUUUUGGUAAACUGUCAUGAACACGAGCUGCCUUGGAAGACUUUUUAACUGAAAACAAAAGAAAGGAAACACAUUAAAUCCUAAGCUGUCUGAAAAGUUUUAAACCUAAAUGUGUAAUUUUGGUACUGUGCACUCCUAAGGGUUCCAUCUAUAGAAAUGUGUUUAUAAAAGGUCUAAUAUAAUGAUACCUGAUACCUAACUGAAGCAUGCAAUCACUCCUUUGUAGAAACAGCCAUGCAUUUCUCUUUGCCCUCAUUUCUACAGAAAGUCAUCUCCUCACAUAAUGGAACCCAGAAGGCAGAGUAUGCUCUUUACAAUAUUUUGCUUCACUUAUUAUGUAUUUUGCUUCUGUAGCUCACUGAAUAAUAUUAUAAUAUUCUCCUUACUACAUCAACAGCAGCAGCAUUAAAGAAUAAAUCCAGUAGAUAAUGCAAACAAUAAUAGAUAUUGCUACCUCUUUUCUUCCUUAUUUAUAAAGAGAAAUGUGGCAACUGCAUAAUACAAUUUGGCAGUAGCUCAGUUUUUAAUACACUAUUUUCCUCUAUUUCCUACAUAUUUAUGUAUACAAUGCUCUGUCUACAGGAGCACACAAAUAUCAAUCAAGCAACAGUUAAUGUUGUUGGACACCCAAUUAAUCAACAUUCAAAAAGUUUGCUCCUGCUACUAGAGAAAUCAAGGGCAAAAUACCUAACAGGCAGCUGGAGCUGGAGCUGGAUUUGACCUUCAUGGUUUGGCAGCCAGCAUCCUGAAUACCACCCUCUAGAACCAGGACAAUCACAGCUUGACUUCUGCCAUUUGAGCUGAUUUUACCAACCUGAGGUAUUGUGUGCAUCAUUUCAAUGAUGUUAGUAUAGCUAGUCCCAGUGAAACUCAGCUUAGCUGUAAAAUUGAAAUCUUUUUUUUCCAUCUUGAGGAAUAGUUUGCCUUCUGCUUCACUCGCAUCAUAAUUUACCUUUUGAAGUUCCCAUUUAAUUAAAAAUGAGAGAAAGAGAGAGAGAGAGAAAAGGGAGAAAAAGAAAAAAACAUAAUUAUUGUUAUAGUAUUUUUGGCACAGUUUAUCAUAUUAUGGUUCUCAGGACCUAAGAGAGAUCUGAUUUAUCAUUUUCCUUUAUGUUCACAUUGUAGUAGGCACAGCCACAACACAGCUUAUACUGAAUAAUAAGCAUAAGAAAUGCAUUUGUAAUGUGAGCACUUAUUGCAGGACUAACAGUGUGCUGCAUUUGAUUGACAAAUGACCCCAUUCAUCUUCCUUGCCCAACCUUGCUUUUGUGUACUGUUCUACCGCACAAAGCCAAUAUCCAGGACUGUCUUCCACCCAAUUUCUCUUCUCUUAGUAGCUAGAAUAACUAAACGCAUCCCUGGAAUGAGUCUAAUACAUCUCAUUAUUAAAGUAGAUGCACAGAAGCAGAGUCAAAUAGAACAAAUCCCCUGCAGUAGCUUCUGAAUGCUAGCGACUUUGGAAAGCAUCAACAUCCUCAACAGCAACACCAAGGUCAGAAAUGCUAGUACCAGAAAUAAUGCGGCUCAACUCCUACAGCAUUAGG